UCGACACCAGUGAACAUUCUAUGUUCUGUGUGGCGACUGGUGUGCUGCCUUUCGAGGACAUAAAGGUGGCAGCCGAAGCCGCAAAGUUAGUCCUCAAGGUCAUGAAUACCACCGUCAUGAAAGAGCUUGGGACUGCGUCAUGGAGUAUUCGGUUUCCGGGAUGCGAAGACGAGAUGUACACCCAGAAAUACUUAGAAUGCCUGCCGAGACAGCAGACUCUGACAGGCUGGCAUUACGUAGGCACCUGCAAGAUGGGUUGUGACGAAAAGUCUGUCGUGGAUCCAUGGCUCAGGGUACGAGGUGGUGUGAAGAACUUACGUGUAGUGGACGCUUCUAUCAUGCCAACCAUCGUCACGGGAAAUGUCCUGGGAGCCAUAUACAUGAUUGCGGCCAAAGGAGCAGAUAUGAUACUUCAAGACCACGAAUUACCGCCGUUUGUUCAAGUUAAUAAACGAUCUGUUUCAUAA